CCAGGAGUCCUGACUCCCAGCCCCUCAUGCUCUAACGCACUAGCCCCCAUGGUCCUCCCAGAGCCAGGGAUGGAACCCAGGAGUCCUAGCUCCCAACCCCUCAUGUUCUAACCCAUGAGCUCUAAUCCACAGAAGAUGAUGCCUCAGAAAUGUAAGUUCUCCCUUCUAAGUCCACUGGACAUAUUGGGCCUGGCCUGGCCUGGAGUCAGAUUCUGGGGCUUGCUGAGCCAGCACCUCCCUCCAGAGGAAAUCAUCCCCCAGAGGCUACUGACACAGGCUCCUCACCCUUGUUUUCUCUCCCUUACAGGCUUCCAGCAAGGAGCAGCGGCAGCAGGACCAGUCUGUGGCCAGCAGAGAGACUUUAGCCGGAUCGUCGGUGGGGACAAUGCCCUGAGAGGGGAGUGGCCCUGGCAAGCCAGCCUGCAGCUCCGCGGGGAGCACAUGUGUGGAGGGACGCUGAUCGAUGACAAAUGGAUUCUUUCAGCUGCUCACUGCUUCAUCGGGAAAGACACGAGCAAGGACCCAUCCUCCUGGAAGGUGGUGCUAGGGCGUCUGCAGCUGAGUGGUGGCCCGUUACAGGGUGUAGUGCGGAACGUGUCCCAGAUCAUCACCCAUGAGCGGUACAAAGACUACACCAAGGGCUUGGACAUCGCCCUGCUGCGACUGGCUGAGCCUGUCUCCUUCAGCCGUGACGUAGGCCCCAUCUGCCUGCCCUACCCCAACCACCGAUUCGCCUUCGGGUCCCAGUGCUGGGCCACCGGCUGGGGCAGGGUGAAGGAGGACAGUGAGUGAGAGGGGAGAGCUCCCAGCAAAGAUGGAGACAUCUAGCCCCCUGUCCACCCGGGGUACGCUUGUCCCAACAGGGCACUGACACUUCUUCUUUCCCUCCCCGCAGUGACCCUCCCACCCCCCAAGCCUCUCAAGAAGGUGGAGCUGGACCUGCUCAGUGCAGAGACCUGCAACUGCAUCCACAAUAACCUGCGCCAGAAGGAGCUCUCCAACCCUGCCGGGCCAGGGCUGAUCUGUGCUGGGUCUCAGAGUGGGGGCCAGGGGCCCUGCCAGGGUGAUUCCGGGGGGCCGGUGGCCUGCUCCGAGAAUGGGACGUGGUUCCAGGCCGGGAUCAUGAGCUUCUCAGUGGGCUGUGCCCGGCCCCACAGCCCCAUUCUGCUGACCGAGGUCACGGCCUACACCGGCUGGAUCCAGAACCACACGGGGGGAGCCUCCUUCUCUGUCCAGACUGUGCCGCCCCCCUUCAGCAGCGACCAUGGAAAAUGCAGAGGUUGCGGGAAGCUGAAGGGACAUGAGCUGAGCGUCACUGCCAAGGGGCCUUGGCCCUGGUACGUGAGCCUACAAUCUGGGGGGCAGCACGUCUGCGGGGGAACACUGAUCUCUGAGAGCUGGGUGCUGGCGGCUGCUCACUGCUUCAUCGGGCGGCAGGAACCCACAGACUGGAAGGUGCUCCUGGGUGAGCAGCGGGAGGGGGCAGAGCCACGCUGGCAAGAAGAGAGGGGCCUACAGAAGCUCAUCCUCCACGCAGCCUACGUGAAUGUGACCGACGGCUCUGACAUCGCGCUGCUGAUGCUCGCCAAGCCAGUGGUGUUUGGGGAGAACAUCUGGGCUGUCUGCGUCCCCUACGACACACACCAAUUCCAGCUCGGCAGCACCUGCUGGGUCAGGGGACGGGAGAAUGCUCGGGCAUCCACACCGCAGCCGCUCCAGGGCAUGGAGGUGGAUCUCAUGGGACCUGUUGCCUGUAACUGCGCCUACAACCAGUCCAGCUCAGCUGGUGAGCCAGUGUCCAUCCUCCCAGACAUGCUUUGUGCUGCUCAACAGGAGAAGAACACCAGCUGUGAGGGCGAUGAUGGGGGGGCUCUGAUUUGCAAUGAGAAGGGCACCUGGUUCCUGACUGGCCUCUCCAGCUUUGGCAACGGCUGCGGGAGGAAGAGCCAGCCUGGGGUGUACACGGAAGUUAGAGCAUACGAGAAAUGGAUCAUGGACAUCACACGGGAUGGUUACUUUGCCAAGCAGCCCAUGCCAGUUCCAGCAGUCAAAGAAGAGGACAGAUGCCCAAUGAAGCCUACACCAACUCCUGGUGGAGAUGGGGAAAAGCCAGUGCCAACUAGUGGUACCACAAGAGGGGAAGGUUCCAGUGGAGAGGGGGAAAAGCCAGUGCCAACUACUGGUGGUACCACACGUGGGGAAGGUUCCGGUGGAGAGGGGGGAAUGCCACUCUCAACUACUGGUGGUACUACAAGAGGGGAAGGUUCCAGUGGAGAGGGGGGAAAGCCAGUGCCAACUACUGGUGGUACCACAGGUGGGGAAGGUUCCAGUGGAGAGGGGGGAAAGCCAGUGCCAACUACUGGUGGUACCACAGGUGGGGAAGGUGAGUCCCUAAGCAUCUGA